AUGCAUAUAUAUGCUGUACACUGGGUGAAUUGCACAGUGCAGCUGCACCCUGAAUUGCUAGUGAUGGUCGUCCAUGGCCAAGAAAACUACUACGAGUUCCUUUCCAUUUUAGCCCCAAAUUAAGCCAGAACUAGUCUGAAUCAGCCCGCAGCCGGAGGAGAAAGAUUGGUAGGAAGAAGAAUAGUGAGUGGAGAUGGGUCGGGGCGUGAGCAUGUUGAUGAUGGCGCACGCGGCGUGGGCGGGCGUGCGGUACACAGUGGUGCUGCCGCUGCUGCACGUCGCCGUCUACCUCUGCGCCGCCAUGUCGCUCAUGCUCUUCGUGGAGCGUCUUUACAUGGGGAUCGUCGUCGCAGGUCUCUGGCUCAACCGCCGCCACCGUCGUCGUCGUGGCAGGAGGGGAAGAGAUGCGGCCGCCAUCGUCGACGACAAGAGGGAUGAUUCCGAUGACCUGGAGGCCGGCGGCGCGGAGAAGCCCAUGGUGCUCGUCCAGAUCCCCAUGUUCAACGAGAAGCAGGUGUACCGCCUGUCGAUUGGCGCGGCGUGCGGUCUGUGGUGGCCGAGCGAGAAGCUGGUGAUCCAGGUGCUGGACGACUCGACGGACGGCACUAUCAGGUCGCUGGUGGAGGCGGAGUGCCGGCGGUGGGCAAGCAAGGGCAUCCGCGUCCACUACGAGAACCGGAGCAACCGCAACGGGUACAAGGCGGGCGCCAUGCGGGAGGGCCUCAAGAAGGACUACGCCAGGGACUGCCAGUUCGUCGCCGUCUUCGACGCCGACUUCCAGCCAGACGCCGAUUUCCUCCGCCGCACCGUGCCGCUGCUCCUGGCUGACCCGGCCGUGGCCCUCGUCCAGGCCCGGUGGCUCUUCGUCAACGCCGACGAGUGCAUCCUCACGCGGAUCCAGGAGAUGUCUCUCGACUACCACUUCUCCGUGGAGCAGGAGGUGGGCUCUGCCUGCCAUGCCUUUUUCGGGUUCAACGGCACCGCUGGGGUGUGGCGCCUGCAGGCCCUGGCCGACGCCGGCGGGUGGAAGGACCGCACCACCGUGGAGGACAUGGACCUGGCAGUGAGAGCCAGCAUGAGAGGGUGGAAGUUCGUCUUCGCCGGCGACGUCAAGGUCAGGAACGAGCUGCCCAGCACCUUCAAGGCCUACAGGUAUCAGCAGCACCGGUGGUCCUGCGGCCCAGCCAACCUGAUGAGGAAGAUGUUCUGGGAGAUCGUGACGAGCAAGCAGGUGUCGGCGUGGAAGAAGUUCCAUGUCCUCUACGGCUUCUUCUUCGUCAGGAAGGUGGUGGCGCACCUCGUCACCUUCCUCUUCUACUGCGUCGUCAUACCCGCCUGCGUGCUAGUGCAGGGGGACAUCCGACUCCCCAAGUACGUCGCCAUGUACGUCCCCGCCAUCAUCACCCUGCUCAAUGCUAUCUGCACGCCCCGCUCGUGGCACCUCCUCGUCUUCUGGAUCCUCUUCGAGAACGUCAUGUCCAUGCAUAGAUCCAAGGCCACCAUCAUCGGACUCCUUGAGGCCAGCCGAGCAAACGAGUGGGUCGUCACAGAGAAGCUCGGAUCGACGACGACAACGAUGGCCACCAAGAAGAAGAAGAACCAGAACCAGGGUUUCCACACACCCGAGAUCCUUUUGGGCCUCUGCCUCCUCUACUGCGCCAUCUAUGACAUCAUCUUUGGUCAUGAUCACUUCUACAUCUACCUGCUCAUGCAAUCAGCCGCUGCCUUCGUCAUUGGAGUUGGCUACAUCGGCUCCCAAUAACACCUACAUACUUGCACUGCAUAUCUAGUUUGUUUAUUUGUUUGUUACAGGACCAAAUUAAACUUGUAGUACCUUCGACAUUUACUGUUGAUAUAUGCAUUUGCAUGUAAAGAAACAGAAAAUAAGCGCUUCAGAGAGACAUUGGAGGAAAAGCAAAUCAAGAUGCCAUAGCAUUCUCAGCAUAUGAUUUCUAUAUAUAUCAUGUCAACGACAAAACUUAUAAUGUUGCACAAGGAGGACCAUAAAGGAAGAUGAAUAAAAAUGAAGAAAUGGGGCUAUGGUUUCGAAGUAAAACCUUCGUUAGAUCGGCUAACAAAUUACUCUAAUUCGACUGCCUUGACUUCAAAUUCUUCUCUGGUUGACAGUAUCUUCACACGAACCAUGCCACGCUCCCACUCGGA